GGGCGCAGGGGCUGGGAUGCGCAGCGGCACUGCAGGGCCGGGCCGGGCCGGGCUUGGGCAGAAGGGCGGAGACGCAGCCUGUCUGGGGCAGCCUGGGUCUGGUCGGCGCUGGCGGCCCCUUCCUGUCCGCCCCCAUCGGUGGGCACCGAAGGGGCGGCUCGGGGAGGGGGCGGGCAGGCGGCACGCGGGGGACCGCAGGGCCGGCCCAGGACAAGCCAGGGCAGGAGGGCCUGGGGCCAGCUCCCCACGGAGAGGCCGGGCAGGGUGUGCGGGAGCGGUGGUCAGGCCCUGGCUCCGGCUUUCUGGGGCGGGGGCGGGGGAUCCCCCUGCGAGCUCUCGUGGGGAUGGGGUCUGUCCUGGCAUCGUCAACCCGGGUUUGAUGAGUGGCUGAGAGAGGGAACGAGAAGGCCAAGCAGUAGAUGGGGAGGGGUGAGCGGUGCAGCGGCUCUCUGGCUAUUUGGCCUGGCCAAGGGCUGGGAGGAAGGCCAUUCCCAGGCCGCUGCUGGAGCCAGAGGAGGCAGGGUGGGAGGAGGCCCCUUGGGUCACGCGUGCCCACCUGGUGGAUGAAAAUGGGGUGAGGGUGUGGUGUGGGUGGGGAGCAGGGGCUCCAGACACUGUUUUGGUAGGGACAUGGUGCUAUGACCCCCCCCCCCCCCCAAGGAACCCUGCCCUGGAGGUGUCUGAACUCACAGUGUGGGGGGUCCUGUGUGUGGCUGCAGGGACCCCUGGGUGGGGCAGCAGCCGUGUUGAGGUCAGGAGUGGGGGUGUGGAUUUGGAGGAGGGCCUCCUUCCUCAGUCUUGAGGGCGGUGGUGUCACUAGGGGCAGGCUUCACAGGCACGGGGGACAUUAAAUUUUAUGUCCUUGUCUAGACAGGGCAGUAAACAGAGCCCAGGGCCAGGGGUGCUGCAGAGGGGAGAGGCAGGCUGAGGGGGCCUGGCUGGAAGUGAGUGGAAGUAAGUCUGCAAAGUGACUUUCAGUGGGUGACGGGUGCGGGCCCAGGUGUGGGGACCCAGUCUGGUGUGGGACUCUGACCAGCACAGUCACGACAAUGCCAAGGGUGUGAGAAGUAUAGGGGUCUGCAGAGCGCAAAGAAGGUCCCCGUGGGCGAGAGCGCAGGGCGGGCUUCCUGAGAUGGCCCCAAAGGUUCCGAGCUCGCCGGCCGGCAGCGGUGGCGCCCUCAGAGCGGCUGGACGGGUCCCGUCGCGCCAUGCCCGCGGGCUGAGCGCCGCCGCCGCCGCCUCCGCCGCCGCAGGGCCUCGUCCCGCCUCGCGUGGGGGCCACGCGCGCCCAGGCCGGGGCCCCGGCGGCCGACCAUGGUGCUGCCGCCCCCGGACCGGCGCCACGUGUGCCUGACCACGCUGGUGAUCAUGGGCAGCAUGGCGGUCAUGGACGCGUACCUGGUGGAGCAGAACCAGGGCCCGCGCAAGAUCGGCGUGUGCAUCAUCGUGCUGGUGGGCGACGUGUGCUUCCUGCUGGUGCUGCGCUACGUGGCCGUGUGGGUGGGCGCCGAGGUGCGCACGGCCAAGCGCGGCUACGCCAUGAUCCUCUGGUUCCUGUACAUCUUCGUGCUGGAGAUCAAGCUCUACUUCAUCUUCCAGAACUACAAGGCGGCGCGGCGGGGCGCGGCCGACCCGGUGGCGCGCAAGGCACUGACGCUGCUGCUGUCGGUGUGCGUGCCCGGCCUGUUCCUGCUGCUGGUGGCGCUCGACCGCAUGGAGUACGUGCGCACCUUCCGCAAGCGCGAGGACCUGCGCGGCCGCCUCUUCUGGGUGGCGCUCGACCUGCUGGACCUGCUGGACAUGCAGGCCAAUCUGUGGGAGCCGCCGCGCACCGGGCUGCCCCUGUGGGCCGAGGGCCUCACCUUCUUCUACUGCUACAUGCUGCUGCUGGUGCUGCCGUGCGUGGCGCUCAGCGAGGUCAGCAUGCAGGGCGAGCACAUCGCGCCGCAGAAGAUGAUGCUCUACCCCGUGCUCAGCCUCGCCACCGUCAACGUGGUGGCCGUGCUGGCGCGUGCCGCCAACAUGGCGCUCUUCCGCGACAGUCGCGUCUCGGCCAUCUUCGUGGGCAAGAACGUGGUGGCGCUGGCCACCAAGGCCUGCACCUUCCUCGAGUACCGCCGCCAGGUGCGGGACUUCCCGCCGCCCGCGCUCGCGCUGGAGCUGCAGCCGCCGCCGCCGCAGCGCAACUCGGUGCCACCGCCCCCGCCGCUGCACGGCCCGCCCGGCCGCCCCCACGGGCCCUCGCCCACGCGCGACGCCCUGGGCACGUGACGGGGCCCGCGCGGCUUGCAUGGGAUGGGGUGGGGGCGGGCUCCCCCCAGGGCCAGGUUUGGCGAGUGCCCCGGCCGGGGCGGGGGUGGGGGGGGUGGGGGCGCCGCGGGCCGCUUCUUCAUCUCAGGAAUCCCUCGGACCACGGACUCGCAGCCCAGCGCCCCAGCCGGCCCCCAGCGCGCCCAGCCUGCCCCCAGCGCCCAGUGCGCCGGCCGGUGGGGGGCGGGGGGCGGCCGGGAAGGGAGGACAGAGUGGGCGGAGGUGCGGUCCCUUGGGGUCCCUUGGUGGGGGCCUCUGGCUCAGAGUUUGGGGCCACGGAGGCCUCUGUCAUUUUAAAGACUCGUGUUUACAGUUUUGUAUCCAAA